AGGCAAAAAACUAGCAAGAUCUUGGGAAAACAAAAGAGGCAAGAGAUUAUUACAGAGCCCACGAAGAAGACAACCUUAGAGAAAACGAUAGGCAGUGGGGGUGGAACUACUCUGCUCUUCAUGCAAAAUCGAGAUUGAAAAAAGAGAAAUUUCAAUCUUUUCUAUUUGUUGUUUGUGGAGUUGUAUGAUCUGUCUGUUUAUCUACUCAAGUUGAGGAAAGAAAAAGCUUUAGAUAAUGAAAUCCAUGGCCAAUUCUUCUUCUUCUUGUUCCAACAAAACCUCCCUCUCUCCUCACCACCCUCCCCACUUCACUCCAAUUGAAGAAGGCAAUGAGGAUGAGAUAUUUUCACAAGGGAGAAGCAGUUUCAGAGCAACACCUACAAGUGACCACACUGACAGAAGAGACAGCGAUUACGACUACAAGCACCACCCUACGCCAUUGCAUUCUGAGAGGAGCCGGAGCAAAGGGUCGUCAAGAAAACGGCAAGAAACCGGCGAGGAGGCCGCCGGAGUUUCUUGCAACAAGUGCAGACCUAGCAACAGGGAGAAAAUCUCAGUUGUUCCCCUGGAGAACAAUGGAGUUCAUAGGUUGUCAAUGGCUAGCCCCAAUGGGAUUUUCAAGUCUUUUUUAGCUUCUUUAGCGAUGAAGAAAAGCCCCAGGUCGAUGGACGCUGCCGCGUCUUCUGCCAUGUCGAGGGAGGAGCACUGGAAGAUUCUGGUGGCUGAGCUCUCAAACAAGUUGAUUCAGGCCACAAGAAAGAGGGAUGAGGCAAUCCUUGAAGCUUCCAAGUUGAAGUACUCAAUGGCUGAGCUUGAGAAGAAGCUCAACAAGCUGGAAAUCUACUGCCACAGUUUGAAAUCAGGGCUUGAAGUUUGUAGCAGCGGCAAUAAUAAUCCUCAGUACCAGAAGCAGCACAAAUCGCCUUCUCGUGUGAAUUAUCAGCCUAUCAAAGUUGGUGAUCAAGAAAAAGUGAUCGAUCAUUUCUUGGUUCUAGUCUCCGAGGCAAGAUCUUCGGUUCGGAUUCUGAGCCGGGCUUUGGCUCUUCAGCUAAGGCAAAUGGGGACGAAAGUAUACGAUCGAAUUGCAUUACUCUUGCAGCCUUAUGAGAUCAAGAUUUCUUGUUCAAGAAAUCCUAGAGGCUUGCUUGUCUACCUGGAGGCAUUGCUGAACAGGGCACUUUUUGAAGAUUUUGAAUCCAUCGGGUUCCAAAAGAGUGCUCCGAAAUCAAUCCUGAAUCCAAUUGAUCACUGUGAGGCGAAUUUCGCUAUGUUUAGCAGGUUGCAGGGGUUGACAUGGGAGGAAGUCUUGAACAAGGGGACCAAGCAUUUCAGUGAAGAUUUCAGCAAGUUUUGUGACAGGAAAAUGAGUGAGAUUGUGGCUAUGUUAGGCUGGAACCGGGCCUGGCCGGAACCGCUGUUGCAAGCUUUCUUUGGAGCUUCCAAGGCUGUGUGGCUGGUGCACCUCUUGGCUAAUUCAGUGCACCCAGGACUGCCCAUUUUCAGAGUGGAUAAGGGAGUCGGGUUUGACCCGGUUUACAUGGAGGAUAUGGGUGGAGACAAGGCAAGAAAACUCGUUCCUAGUAUGGUUCGGAUCAUGGUCACACCAGGUUUCUAUGUCUAUGACAAUGUGGUCAAGUGCAAGGUUCUUUGCAGGUACUAUAACAACAACAACAAUGGUGGCAACCUCAAUGACCUGUACGAUAAGGGCUUCAAUCCCUCUCCAUCGUAGCCAAUGUGCCAUAGAUAGAAUCUUGCUCGUCAGCAAGCGUACGAAACGUUCUUUGGUUAAACGGGCUCCGCCCACUUACAACUACUAUACUGUUUGUUGCUUUAGUCAAGGGGAUAAUCGCACUGACACUCCUUUAGUUUUCAAAUCAUUGAUUAUGAAAAAUUAUACCGACACCCUCCACAAUCAUACUUCAUUACACAUUACACUCUAUAGCGUAAAGGGGAGCGGUGCAAUUUUUCAAAAACUAACGACGGUUUCGUGAGAGUGUCAGUGUAGUUAUCCUUUGAGUCAAGAAUUGGGAGUAGAUAGAAGUGAUGUUUGAAAUGUAGGAUACCAAGAACUUGGUUUUGCUGAUGAAAAAUUGGGAGGGAAAAGUGAUGUUUGGAGGUUUGUUGUUUGUUUGUUUUGUAUCUGCAUUGAUUGACUCAUCAGAUGGUCAAUGGUGUUGGAUUGGGUUCUGUAUGUUUUGGAAGGUCAAGACAAAAGUGUUUUUGCAUAUGGAAUCUGUGAUUAUCCUCUCUUGAGUUGUGAACGAUGUUGUUGGAUUGGAGGUUUUCAUUGUAUGGUUGUUGAAUCAUGGUCGUUUUGAUCCUGCCAAUACAAUGGAUGUCUGCUUUGUUUUUGUUUGGUUUCAUGGUCUGAAUCCCACUUGGGACCAGCUCCAUUGUCCUGUCCAAUAAGGCCAAUGUA